AUGGGUGUGCUGAAGCCGAUCAGUUCCGGUGCCGCUAUCGUCGAGUGCCAGCAGCAGCAGCAGGGCAAGCAGAAAAACGACACAAUCUUCUCACCCAUCAAGAACAAGAUGAAGGUGCUGAAGAAGAUCAAGAAGCGGAUGGGACUAGCCACGAGGAGUGCAUCGUCCUGCCCGGGGCCGAACAAUCUACCUCCGCUCCAGUUCCACACGGUGCACGGUGACAACAUCCGGAUCUCGCGCGAGGGCUCGGUCGCCAAGCGGUACGAGUCGUUCUGCAAGGGCAUCACGUUCAGUGCUCGGCCGGUGCGCGUCAACGAGCGUGUCUGCGUCAAGUUCCUGGACAUCUCGAACAACUGGAGCGGCGUGAUACGGUUCGGGUUCACGUGCAACGAUCCGGCCUCGCUGCGCGGCAACCUGCCGAAGUACGCCUGCCCGGACCUGACGAACAAGCCCGGCUUCUGGGCGAAGGCGCUUAACGAGCGGUACUGCUACCGGAACAACGUGCUCUUUUACUACGUCACUAUGUCCGGCGAUGUGCACUUCGGCAUCAACGGCGAGGAGAAGGGCGUGUUCAUUACGGAUGUGGACGCACGCGGUCCGCUGUGGGCCGUAAUCGACGUGUACGGCAAUUCGACCGCCAUCGAGUUUCUCGAUUCGCGCAUCUACAUGUUCCAGGCGCAGCAGCAGCAACACCAGCACCAGCACCAGCAUCACCAGCACCAGCCACUGGCCCAGAGUCAGUCGCGCCGCUCGACGGACCAGGAGAUUGUGCCGCAGCUCGAGUCGCUCAGCAUCAACCAGCACAACCACCAGCUGAUGGAGGAGCGCCCGCUGCCUGCGCCGACGACCUGCGGCGGCAGCGGAAUGCUGAGCCCCACGACGUCGGUGAGGUACAACAGUCCGGCGCCGGGUUUGCUCCCGUUGCCGUUCCAUCCGGUGCGUGGCCGCAACAUCAAGUUCUCGGGCGAACGCUUCGUGGCGAGCCGGGCCGAUACUGAGUUCUGUCAGGGGUACGUGUUCUCGCCCCGUCCGGUCAAGAUCGGCGAGCGGUUAAUCAUCCAGAUCCUGAAGACCGACCCGAUCUUCGUCGGGUCGCUGGCGCUCGGCCUAACGUCCUGCGAUCCGGCGACACUGCAGCUGAACGAUCUGCCCGACGACUCCGACAUGCUGCUGGACCGGCCCGAGUACUGGGUGGUCAGCAAGGACGUCGCGUCGACGCUGGUGCGGGGCGACGAGCUGUGCUUCAGCGUGACGGUCAACGGCGAGGUGCAGAUCAGCAAAAACGGUGGCCCACCGUCGGUGAUCAUGCACAUCGAUCAGUCGCUCCAGCUGUGGGCCUUCCUCGACGUGUACGGUUCCACCCAGAGCGUCCGCCUGUUCUCCCACACGCUCCCCGUACCGGGUACCGGAUCCGGGUCCUGCGCCUCCAGUAUGUACGAUGUCCGCUCGAUGGGUGCGGCCACCACUAGUCAGCAGCAGCAGUCCGUCAACCGCAGCCUGCAAGUACAAAUGCAAUCGUCCGCAUCCUGUUCGUCCUCGGCCGGCCCGGAAGCAGCCUCACUGGCCGCCGCCAGUUGCCGCUCGGUGACGGCCACCGUGCGCCCCGAUAUGAUCCAGAUCAAUCCGGGCGGCACCGUCCUGGUGGUGAACCUACCGCCGGCCGAUGUCCUUUCGCAGCAGCAACAGCAACAACAGCAGCAGCAGCAAGGCCAGACUGCCCAGGCCACGCUCGUAACCCGCGGUAUGACCGCUUCCGCUUCGACCCUGUCCGUGCCGCUGUCGACGCUUUCGCUUUCGUCGCACACCGGAUCGACCGGCACCGUCGGAGAACUGAUGGCCACCAACAACAAUAACAACAACAACAGCUACGCCGCCAGCAAUGGUUACCCUGAGUCACUUCCUUCGUAUAACAAUGCAGCGAACUACUCGACCGCGGCGCUUGCGACCGGCAGUGGGCCAACGACGACCGCCGGCGGAAUUUACAGCUCGACGAACUGCGUCGACUGUACGAUCUGCUUCGAGAAACCGAUCGACUCGGUCCUGUACAUGUGCGGCCACAUGUGCAUGUGCUACGAUUGUGCGAUCAAGCAGUGGCGCGGUAUCGGCGGUGGCCACUGUCCCCUGUGCCGGGCCGUCAUCCGUGACGUCAUCCGGACGUACAAGUCGUAA